AUGGCGGCGGUGGCGACACUGGUGCGGAGGGCGAAGGACUAUGUGCAGACCAAGGAGUUCCGGGAAUACCUGACUAGCACGCACUUCUGGGGUCCUGUGGCCAACUGGGGCCUUCCGUUGGCUGCAUUCAAGGACAUGAGGGCGUCGCCGGAGAUAAUCAGCGGCCGCAUGACGACAGCGCUUAUUUUCUACUCGCUGGCCUUCAUGCGCUUCGCCUACCGCGUACAGCCUCGAAACUUGCUGCUGAUGGCAUGCCACGGCGCCAACGUGGUGGCGCAGAGUAUUCAGGGCACCCGCUGUGUUCUCUACCACUACGGCAGCAUCAGAAUGAGCACCCCUGCCGACCCUCGCGACCUUACAGCGACCAGCUCCAGCCAGGCGUCAGCCGCCGCUGCUUCUCGGUCCGCAAAAUGACUUUCUUAAUGACUGAGAGUGUCUGAUCGAAUUUAGUGCUUUGCAUCUUGCAAGCACUAAAUUUCUCCUAUAGAAAAGACCAGUUAAAUCUUUGGUUUUGACUACAACAGUGUGAAUCUGACUUAAACCUGCAGUUUGGUUAAUAAAUGGAAAACAAAAAAUGCCAGAGUAGAUGUGGAAUUCCUGUCUUCCAACGGCAAACACACAGAAAUGUUGCAUUAAAGUAUAUUUUUAAAAAUGUAUUAAGUUCAUAAUUGAGCGAAAAAAGCAAGAGAAAUUUUC